UCUGGCUUGAUGCCGGCGAGUCAUUGUAGCUGUUCCACGAGCUGACAGCCAGAGGAGAGGGGUUGACAUUUCUCUUGAAAAUGGAGUGGCGCGUUGUCAUGCGGUGUCUGCGCGCCCGCUCGAGUCGACUCGCGCCGCUGCCUGAGGACCCCAGCUGCCCGUCGCCCUCCAGGGACCUGUGCCAGAACUGACGGGACCCGAGGCGCUCUCGGGCCGGGCCUUUGGCGCCGCUCCACCCCCUCGCGUCACAGGCGGCUCGGCACUGUAUUGGAGGUGCAGUCACAAAUGUCUACCUCACGAUUAAAGUGUGAUUCCCUGCGACUGCGACCCUGAACAAGCUAUAAGAUGACCUCCAGCGUAGACCGGGAUGACAGUAGCAUUUUUGAUGGAUUAAUGGAAGAGGAUGACAAGGAUAAAGCAAAAAGGGUGUCCAGGAACAAGUCGGAGAAGAAACGCAGAGACCAGUUCAAUGUGCUCAUCAAAGAGCUGGGCUCCAUGCUGCCCGGGAACAGCCGGAAGAUGGACAAGUCCACCAUCCUGCAGAAGAGCAUCGACUUCCUGCGCAAGCACAAAGAAAUUGCUGCACAGUCGGAGUCCAGUGAGAUCCGACAAGACUGGAAGCCCCCGUUCCUCAGUAAUGAAGAGUUUACACAGCUGAUGCUAGAGGCGCUAGAUGGCUUCUUCCUGGCAAUAAUGACAGAUGGAAAUAUAAUAUAUGUUUCAGAGAGUGUUACUUCCUUACUUGAACAU